AUGGUUCCUCACGCUGAGGACAAGGUUCCUCACGCUGAGGACAAGGUUCCUCACGGUGAGGACAAGGUUCCUCACGCUGAGGACAAGGUUCCUCACGCUGAGGACAAGGUUGCUCACGCUGAGGACAAGGUUGCUCACGCUGAGGACAAGGUUGCUCACGCUGAGAAAAGGUAAUUCCUCACGCUGAGGAAAAGGUUCCUCACGCUGAGGACUAGGGUCCUCACGCUGAGGACAAGGUUCCUCACGUUGAGGACAAGGUUCCUCACGCUGAGAAGCAGGUUCCUCACGCUGCGGAAAGGUUCCUCACGCUGAGGACGAGGUUCCUCACGCUGAGGACAAGGUUCCUCACACUGAGGACAAGGUUCCUCACACUGAGGACAAGGUUCUUCACCUUGAGGAAAAGGUUCCUCACCCUGAGGACAAGGUUCCUCACGCUGAGGACAAGGUUCCUCACGCCGAGAACAAGGUUCCUCAUGCUGAGACAAGGCUCGUCACGCUGAGGACAAGGUUCCUCACGCUGAGGAAAGGUUUCUCACGCUGAGGACAAGGUUCUUCACGCUGAGGACAAGGUUCCUCACGCUGAGGACAGGGUUGGUCACGCUGAGGACAAGGUUCCUGACGCUGAGGAGAAGGUUGCUCACGCUGAGGAAAGGUUCCUCACGCUGAGGAAAAGGUUCUUCACGCUGAGGACAAGGUUCCUCACGCUGACGAAAAGGUUCCGCACGCUGAGGACAAGAUUCCUCACGCUGAGGACAAGGUUCCUCACGCUGAGGACAAGGUUCCUCACGCUGAGGACAAGGUUCCCCACGCUGAGGACAAGGUUCCUCACGCUGAGGAGCAGGUUCCUCACGCUGAGGAAAGGUUUCUCACGCUGAGGACGAGGUUCCUCACGCUGAGGACAAGGUUCCUCACACUGAGGACAAGGUUCCUCACACUGAGGACAAGGUUCUUCACGCUGAGGAAAAGGUUCCUCACGCUGAGGACAAGGUUCCUCAGGCUGAGGACAAGGUUCCUCAGGCUGAGGACAAGGUUCCUCACGCUGACGACAAGGUUCUUCACGCUGAGGAAAAGGUUCCUCACGCUUAGGACAAGGUUCCUCACGCUGAGGACAAGGUUCCUCACGCUGAGGACAGGGUUGGUCACGCUGAGGACAAGGUUCCUCACGCUGAAGACAAGGUUGCUCACGCUGAGGAAAGGUUCCUCACGCUGAGGAAAAAGUUCUUCACGCUGAGGACAAGGUUCCGCACGCUGAGGACAAGAUUCCUCACGCUGAGGACAAGGUUCCUCACGUUGAGGACAAGGUUCCUCACGCUGAGGAGCAGGCUCCUCACGCUGCGGAAAGGUUCCUCACGCUGAGGACAAGGUUCUCACGCUGAGGACAAGGUUCCUCACGCUGAGAACAAGGUUCCUCACGCUGAGGACAAGGUUCCUCACACUGAGGACAAGGUUCUUCACGCUGAGGAAAAGGUUCCUCAGGCUGAGGAAAAGGUUCCUCAGGCUGAGGAAAAGGUUCCUCACGCUGAGGGCCAGGUUCCUCACGCUGAGGACAAGGUUCCUCACGCUGACGACAAGGUUCCUCACGCUGACGACAAGACUCCUCACGCUGAGGAAAAGGUUCCUCACGCUGAGGACAAGGUUCCUCAAGCUGAGGACAAGGUUCCUCACGCUGACGAGAAGGUUCUUCACGCUGAGGAAAAGGUUCCUCACGCUGAGGACAAGGUUCCUCACGCUGAGGACAAGGUUCCUCACGCUGAGGACAAGGGUCCUCAUGCUGAGACAAGGCUCGUCACGCUGAGGACAAGGUUCCUCACGCUGAGGAAUGGUUUCUCACGCUGAGGACAAUGUUCUUCACGCUGAGAACAAGGUUCCUCACGCUGAGGACAGGGUUGGUCACGCUGAGGACAAGGUUCCUUUCGCUGAGAAGAAGGUUGCUCACGCUGAGGAAAGGUUCCUCACGCUGAGGACAAGGUUCCUCACGCUGAGGAGCAGGUUCCCCACGCUGCGGAAAGGUUCCUCACGCUGAGGACAAGGUUCCUCACGCUGAGGACAGGGUUGGUCACGCUGAGGACAAGGUUCCUCACGCUGAGGACAAGGUUGCUCACGCUGAGGAAAGGUUCCUCACGCUGAGGAAAAGGUUCUUCGCGCUGAGGACAAGGUUCCUCACGCUGAGGACAAGGUUUCUCAGGCUGAGGAAAAGGUUCCUCAGGCUGAGGAAAAGGUUCCUCUCGCUGAGGACAAGGUUCCUCACGCUGAGGACAAGGUUCGUCACGCUGACGACAAGGCUCCUCACGCUGAGGACAAGGUUCCGCACGCUGAGGACAAGGUUCCUCACGCUGAGGACAAGGUGCUGAGGACAAGGUUCCUCACGCAGAGAAAAGAUUCCUCACGCUGAGGACAAGGUUCCUCACGCUGAGGACAAGGUUCCUCACGCUGAGGACAAGGUUCCUCACGCUGAGAAAAUGUUCCUCACGGUGAGAAUAAGGCUCCUCACGCUAAGGACAAGGCUCCUCACGCUGAGGACAAGGUUCCUCACGCUGAGGAAAGGUUCCUCACGCUGAGGACAAGGUUCGUCACGCUGACGACAAGGCUCCUCACGCUGAGGACAAGGUUCCGCACGCUGAGGACAAGGUGCUGAGGACAAGGUUCCUCACGCAGAGAAAAGAUUCCUCACGCUGAGGACAAGGUUCCUCACGCUGAGGACAAGGUUCCUCACGCUGAGGACAAGGUUCCUCACGCUGAGGACAAGGUUCCUCACGCUGAGAAAAUGUUCCUCAGGGUGAGAAUAAGGCUCCUCACGCUAAGGACAAGGCUCCUCACGCUGAGGACAAGGUUCCUCACGCUGAGGAAAGGUUCCUCACGCUGAGGACAAGGUUCCUCACGCUGAGGUCAAGGUUCCUCACGCUGAGGACAAGGUUCCUCACGCUGAGGACAACGUUCCUAACGCUGAGGAGAAGGUUCCUCACUCUGAGGAAAUGUUCCUCACUCUGAGGGCAUGGUUCCUCACGCUGAGGACAAGGUUCCUCAAGCUGAGGACAAGAUUCCUCACGCUGAGGACAAGGUUCCUCAAGCUGAGGACAAGAUUCCUCACGCUGAGGAAAUGGUCCUCACGCUGAGGACAAGGUUCCUCACGCUGAGGACAAGGUUCCUCACGCUGAGGAAAGGUUCCUCACGCCGAGGACAAGGUUCCUCACGCUGA